AUGAACACUAGCGCACAGCGCCGCCCCGCGGCCCGCCCCUCCUCUCCCGGCCUCCUCUCUCCCGGAAGUUGGUGCCCGGCGCCCCGACCGCUUGCACCCUGCCAGAGGUGUCGCCUUGGAGAGCUGGACGGCUGGCUUUGCGAAAGGAUCGACAUGCCUUUGGCUAGAGAUUUACUACAUCCGUCCUUGGAAGAGGAAAAGAAAAAACAUAAAAAGAAACGACUGGUUCAAAGUCCAAAUUCUUACUUUAUGGAUGUAAAAUGUCCAGGCUGCUACAAGAUCACCACGGUCUUCAGCCAUGCACAGACAGUGGUUCUCUGCGUAGGCUGUUCGACGGUGCUGUGCCAGCCAACAGGAGGAAAGGCCAGACUCACUGAGGGGUGUUCAUUUAGAAGAAAGCAACACUAAUGAUCCACACAGCUUCCUGAAUUUGUGUUAUAUCACAGAAAGCCUUAUCAGUUUAGUAAUUCUACUUAAUCUACCAAGAUAACAUAAUUACAUUUAAUUUUGUAAGUAUACAACAAUGAUUUCCUAUUUUGGUGUCAGUUUUUCAAUAAAGUUUUGAUUAUGGGAAAAUUCCCCGUUUUUCUUUUUUUCUAAGUAUGUGUGCAUGUUAUAAAUUAAUAUAUAUAUCUUGUAUGUGACUUUGGUUUAAAUGUAUAAAAUAUAUAUAUUCUGA